GGGCGUCAGGAUUCCUCUCCUCCCACCGGCCCCGCCCAGGCGGCUGCCCGUGACCUGCCUGGGCGCAGGGAACGGAAAGCCGGAAGGGGCAAGACGAGUGGAAUUCACCAUGGGGCUGUUUGGAAAAACCCAGGAGAAGCCGCCCAAAGAGCUGGUCAAUGAAUGGUCCUUGAAGAUAAGAAAGGAAAUGAGAGUUGUUGACAGGCAAAUAAGAGAUAUCCAGAGAGAAGAAGAAAAAGUGAAACGAUCUGUGAAAGAUGCUGCCAAGAAGGGUCAGAAGGAUGUCUGUGUGGUCCUGGCUAAGGAGAUGAUCAGGUCAAGGAAGGCUGUGAGCAAGCUGUAUGCAUCCAAAGCUCACAUGAACUCCGUGCUCAUGGGGAUGAAGAACCAGCUGGCGGUUUUGCGUGUGGCUGGUUCCCUGCAGAAGAGCACAGAAGUGAUGAAGGCCAUGCAGAGUCUUGUGAAGAUCCCAGAAAUCCAGGCCACGAUGCGGGAGCUGUCCAAAGAGAUGAUGAAGGCUGGGAUCAUAGAAGAGAUGUUAGAGGACACUUUUGAAAGCAUGGACGAUCAGGAGGAAAUGGAAGAAGCAGCAGAAAUGGAAAUUGACAAAAUUCUGUUUGAAAUUACAGCAGGGGCCUUGGGCAAAGCACCCAGUAAAGUGACCGACGCCCUUCCGGAGCCUGAACCUCCAGGGGCGAUGGCUGCAUCAGAAGAGGAGGAGGAGGAAGAGGAGGCUCUGGAGGCCAUGCAGUCCCGGCUGGCCACGCUCCGCAGCUAGGGGGCCACCCAGCUGGGCCCUUGGGCCCUUUUCAUGGCGCACCCACCGGGUAUGCACACACUCCUCUGAAGCAGCUGCUGUUUGUGUCUCUUGCACUACACCUCUGGGUAUGAGGCACUGCAUUCUGGAGAGUGCUCUGCUAGUAUCUCUAUACUCUCUGCAGAAGUUUUGGGAUCUCAACAGGAUUAUUCUUGAGAGGUGGUAUAAUAAAUGCAUUAUUUUCAGGAGUAUAAACAAGUGUCUUUUUGGGGGAAGGGCAAAGUAAUCUAUCUGUCUUCUCACAAAGCCUUUCUGAGAAUAGCUUUGAUUGCCUGAAUGUCGAGGACUGUGCAUUUGUGUGUGUGUGUGUGUGUGUGUGUGUGUGUGUGUGUGUGUGUGUGUGUAAAACACUAUAUAAAUGGAUUGUAAUAAAUGUCUGCUUUAACACUUGGUCUCAUUGUAGAUUGUCACAUGCAGGAACUUUCAAGAUGCUUGCUGUUCCAAAUUAUUUCAUAUGUUGGCCUUGGGAAGAGAGGAGGUGCUAUAGCCAGGCACGGGACUUGUAGGCUCUCCAAAGGCUGUGGGCGCUUGCUCCUUAGCCUUCACAGACAUGGUGUGGGAACGACUCUUUUGCUUUUGGUCAUCUGUUUAACCAACAGGUGCUUGGGAAUCUUACAUUGUUGGCUGGAUGGCUGUAUUAUGUCCUGAGCUAUGUGUGCAUAGCUGUCCUUCCUAUGCCCAAAUUGCUCCCAAAGCAGACAGCUGUGAGAUAGGGCUCUUCCACCCUCUGAGAACCUUUACCUGCUUUGAGCUGGUUCUCUUGGAUGCAUGGGAUAGAGGCCCAUACAUCAGUGCUUCCUCAAAGCCAGGAGCCAACCAGUGAGAAGAACUGUGUGGUCAUGCAUUAUAAACAACUUUCACGCAUCUGACACAUUCUUCUUAUACUACAUGUAUAAAUAAUUCAGCAGUAGCAAUUUAUAUUUGGGUGUAUUUGACAAUUUAUAAAGGUCUUUGACAUAUGUGAUCUUAAGUGUUCUCAAAACAGCUCAGCUAGCUAAAGUGACAUGUCCUAAUGAGUCAGGAAGUGGCAGAGCUAGAGUUUAACCGAGAUCCUUCUGGUCUAAGUCCUGUAUGCACUAAUUAACCAGGCAGGAAACAGCCCAACCGCUCUCUCACAGGUUGGUUUCUGUAGAUUGUGUAGAGAAAUCCUGAUGUCUCAGAUGUUGCUGCAAUGAUUUCCUUCCACUCUAAUCAUGCCAAAUGGCAAUCUUGAAUCCAGAGGAUAGCCUGUUACUACAGAAUUCAUCUUAAGGAGAUAGUUUUUAAGUAAACAUGAUUUUUUAGAGCAGUUUUAGGUUCACAGUACAGCUGAGCAGAAAAUACCAAAAAAUACCUCUUAGUUUGGCAAAUGUAGUCUCCCCAACUUGUGUUGACACCCCAUACCACAGAAAUACAUUUGUCACUGGAAUCAUAUAAUAUGUAGCCCUUAAACACUGGCUUCUUUCACUUAAUAACAUGCAUGUAAGGUUCCUCCAUGUCUUUUAUGACUUAAUAGUUCAUUUCUCUUUAGUGCUGAAUAAUAUUCCACUGUCUGGAUGUACCAUUGUUUAUUCACCUCCUGAAAGACAUCUUUGUUGCACCCAAGUUUUGGCAAUUAUGAAUAAAGCUGUAAAUGUG